UUUCGGCACAUAGACACAUGCACACAAUAGUUUUUGGAUUGUGAAGCUUGUUAUUGAGCAUGCAACUUCUUGGUGGUAUUUCUCAUUGUUAUCACGGGACUUAUUGAACACCAUGGAGGACGAUAAGAAAAAAAAAGAUGAGGAAAGAAAAGAUCUAUAUAGCGAAACCCCAUCAAUGGAAAACCCGGCAAGGAGUUAUGGCUUGGAAGAUGAAAAAGCAAAUCAGCAAGAUCCCCGCGUAGCUGAAAUACGUAGAAGUGAGAAAUCAAUAUCUCAUGCAUCACCAAAGCUAUCAAAAAUGAAAGUACAUGAAAGUAAGUCUCAAGAAAAGCUAACGAAACCAAAACCAAGCCGUCCCCCUGAUAUUGAUAAAACAAAGUCAGAGGAGAGUAAAGCUUCUGAUAGCUUUCCAGAAUCAAGGAAUUCUCUGUUGAGUAACCCAGCAAGAGAUUAUGGGUUAGAAGAGGGAAGGGCAACUAGACAAGAUCCGCGUGUAGCGGCUAUACGCCACUCAGACCCAAAGAUUUUGAAAAGAGCUACAGAAUCUAGUGUAAAUGUAGCAAGAAAUUUUGGAUUAGAAGACAAGGAAGCAAAUCAAGAAGAUCCACGUGUAAAUGCUAUGCGACCUUCUUUAAUGAAGGAACCGACACCGAAAGCUCAUCAGAAAAUUGUGAAAUCGGACAUACAGCGCCGAGAUUCAAAGAAGUCUGAUCAUGGAGCGACACAAAAUCGGCUUCAAGUUACUUCAGCUAACUCGGUAGGACCUUCAUCGAGUAAAAACACAAACACCGAUGCCUCAUACGAUGCAACGAAAAUGUAUAAUGACAAGACAACGAAUACAUCCCGCGACUCUAAUGGUAUGCUUUGCGUCUAUGAAUGUCCCAUUCAAGAGAAGAAAGUAGAAGAUGAAAAGAAGAUGGCCUUGGACCUGGAUGAGUGCUUCGAAGUUGCGAUCAAUGUUAUUAAAAGAGCGGGCGAGGUUGCCUUGACCGCCAACAAGGGUCGUUUGGAGUAUACUACCAAGCAGCAUGAGCACGAUUUGGUCACCCGUACUGACACCGAAGUGGAGGCAAUGAUAAUUGAAGCAAUUCAUAAGAAAUAUCCUGAUCAUAAAUUUAUAGGUGAAGAGCACAUUACAAGUACAGAUAAUGCCAUAGUUGUGCUCAGCGACGAGCCAACCUGGGUAAUAGAUCCAAUUGAUGGCACCAUGAACUAUGUACACCAUUUUCCCUACUAUUGCAUCUCCGUGGCACUGCUAGUCGAAAAAAAGACUGAGAUCGGCAUUAUACUCAGCCCCGCCAUGGGCCAGUGUUAUACGGCAAGACGGGGUAUGGGCGCCCAUCUGAAUGGGGAGCCCAUAACGACAAGUGGACAGACGAAUCUGAAGCAAGCCAUGAUAUUGCAGGAAUAUUGUCCCGGCAUGAACGAAGCACGCACGCUGGCGGUGAUAGAGAACGCAAGACGGCUGAUUACUAAGGCCCAUGCUCUACGCAGUGUUGGCUCAUCGGCUAUGGAUCUGGCGAUGGUGGCCUCAGGUGUAGCUGAUGCUUUCUAUUUUUUCGGCUUACACAUUUGGGAUAUAGCCGCUGGAAUUCUUUUAGUCACCGAGGCGGGUGGCGUUGUUAUGGAUCCGGCGGGCGGUCCAAUAGAUCUGAUGUCACGUCGGGUUUUGGCAGCGUCAACGAAAAAGUUAGCACUGGAAUUGAUAUCACAAAUACAACAGGACUAUCCGUCCCCGCGAGACGACCAAGACAGGUCGGCAAAUGCAGAUGAGUGCUGUCAGCAGAGUCGAAAACAAACAAAUAAGAAAGACUUUCAUUCCCAAACGGAGUUUUCAGAUUCAAGUGGUGUGUCAGACAAUGAUCAAAAAACGAAGACGAAUCAGCCAACGCCAUCGCAUCAUUGAGACUGCUUACCAAGAAGUGAAAUGCAAACAAGUCAAAAUUAAACUCUUACCUAUAAUUAGUUACGAACAUACAUAGCUUUGUAUUUACGAGCUCUUUGUGUAAUAAAUUUCAGCAACGAAA